AUGGCAAGAAAUAAUUCCGUCGUGAGUGAGCUUUACUCCUCCUGUCGUAACAACGAUAUAACUAGAGUAAAAGAAUUAAUUACAACAUUAACUCUCGAUGACAUAGACCGUAUCGAACAGAACGGAAGUACAGCUCUGCAUGUCGCUUCUUAUUAUGGACAUACUGAAAUAGUUAGAUUAUUAUUAGAACGAGGCGCAUCUCGUUCGAUAAGAAAUUCGUAUGGUUAUACACCGGAAGCUGAAUCAAGAACGCCUGAAAUCAAAAAACUUUUUCUUCGUAACAAUGAAACAGAUAGAUAUGUCUGUCACAAUGGCUCAAUUGAAUGGAUGAAAGCUGAUGAAAAUAUUCAUAUGGAAGCGCAAAAAUGGCGCUGGAUAAUGGAACACUCGUGGGAGGGCCAAAAACUCGAUUGGCUUGUGCAUGAAGUUCAAACUGAUUUCAUUGAUACUGAAUUUAAAGAAUCAAAAGACCUCGAAAAAAUACAAAAGUUCUUUAAUCAAGCUAUAAAAGAAAUGAAUCCUAUAUGUUUGAUUAAAGCUUAUACAGCUGAAACUGAUUUUUAUAAGCAUCUAAAUAAACAACUUGCAAUAAUUGGUGGUAAUUUUAAAAGUACUAAUGGUCAUGCUAAUCGUUGUGGAAUGAAAUGUUAUUUGCAAAUUUUUUUUACGCAUCAUGACUUGGAUCGACUGACUUAUAUUGGUGAAUGCUAUCGAGGCAUGAUAGUUGUUCAGGAUGACUUAGAUCAAUAUGAAGUUGGAUCACAGAUAAUGAACAAGUCGUUUUUGUCUACAUCUUCCGACUAUUCAGUUGCCAUGAAAUUUGCAUUGAAAAGUGAUGCCAAAAACCAACAGAAAUAUUCUGCAAUUUGUACUUACAAAAUACAGACUGAGCGUAGUGCAUUAAGUAUAAUGGAAAUAUCUGAAUAUCCAAACGAAAAAGAAGUUCUUGUAAUGCCGUACACAGCAUUUCGGGUCAAAUCAAUUAGAACAAAUUCCACAAAUGAAAGUAAUCAGCCGAAUUUUUCGAUCGAUCUUGAAGAAAGUAUGCCAGCAGGUAAACAAGUUGAUCAAGAUCAAAAAAUAAAUACUACGAAACCACUCACGUUUCGUAAAAAGUUAGUGCGAAAGUUUAACAAAUGGUUAGGAGAAGAAAGUUAG